UUCCGGUGAAGAGUUCAGCUGCUUCUGAAUGGACAAGUAGUAGAGAGAAAGACGAGCAGCAAAGAUGGAGUCCAGCGAGGAGGGGGGCCUCAGUGUCGGGGGCUCUGUGGGAGAAGAGAACUACUUCUUGGGAUACACCUUCACUGACCGCUCCCAUUCCAGCCGGGUAGUGAAAAGCAUCAUGGACUUGUGUCUGGAGGACGGCCUGUUCGCCGAUGUCACGAUCACCGUGGACAGCAAAGAGUUUCACCUGCAUCGGCUGGUGCUCUCAGCACAGAGCAGUUUCUUCCGCUCCAUGUUCACCUCCAACCUCAAAGAGUCCCACAACCGCUCUAUUGAGCUAAAAGAUGUCAGCGCCACCGUCUUUCAGCUGCUGAUUGACUACAUCUAUCACGGUACGAUUAAACUGAGGGUGGAGGAGCUUCAGGACACCUAUGAGAUGGCAGAUAUGUACCAGCUGACUGCACUGUUUGAGGAAUGCUCCCGCUUCCUCUCGCGGACGGUAGAGGUCAAGAACUGCCUGCAGGUGAUGUGGCUCGCAGACAGACACAGUGACCAGGAGUUGUAUACUGCAGCCAAGCAUUGUGCUAAAAUCCACCUCGCACAGCUGCAUCAGACUGAAGAAUUUCUUAAUCUGCCUCUCUGUCUUCUCUUGGACAUCAUCAAAGAUGGUGUUCCGAGCUCCCAGAAUCCAACAGUGGCCAUCGAAUCGUGGAUAAACCACAACAAGGUGGAGAGAGAGGAGUUUUCUUGUAUCCUUUCAGAAAAUCUCAAGGAAAUAGGUGAGAAUGUCCACAUUUACCUGAUUGGUAAAGAGGAGAGCCGGACUCACUCCCUGGCUGUGUCACUUCACUGUGACGAGGACGAUGCGAUCAGCGUGAGCGGCCAGAACAGUUUAUGCCAUCAGAUCACUGCAGCCUGUAAACACGGAGGGGACCUGUAUGUGGUUGGCGGGUCCAUCCCUCGCCGCAUGUGGAAGUGCAACAUGCACACCAUGGACUGGGAGCGCUGCGCCCCACUGCCCAGAGACCGCCUCCACCAUACCAUGGUCUCUGUCUCUACUGAGGACGCUAUCUACUCACUAGGAGGUAAGACGUUGCAGGACACACUCUCUAACGCCGUCAUUUACUACACAGUGAAGGACAACAUGUGGACAGAGACCAACCAGUUGGACACUGCAGUGUCCGGGGCUGCUGGUGUUAACCUGGGAGGUACCAUCUACCUGCUCGGAGGGGAGGAGAACGACAUGGACUUUUUUACUAAGCCAUCUCGACUGAUUCAGUGCUUUGACACGGCCUCCCAGAAGUGCCAGAUCAAACCUUACAUGCUGCCGUUCGCGGGCUGCAUGCACGCUGCGGUCCACAUGGACGUGAUCUUCAUCGUAGCAGAGGGAGACUCCCUGGUGUGCUACAACCCUCUGCUGGAGAGCUUCACCCGCCUGCGCUUCCCUGAGGUGUGGAGCUGCGUUCCGUCUCUGUGGAAGGUGGCCAGCUGUAACGGCUGCAUAUAUGUCUUCAGGGACAAAUGUAAGAAAGGUGACGCAAACACGUUAAAGUUUAACCCGGCCACAUCUGUCGUCUCCGUUAUCAGAGGUAUAAAAAUCCUCCUCACAAACUGGCAGUUUGUUUUGGCCUAAACUGUCCUCCGGAUGCUCACACCGUGGUCCGCACAGCCGCCACAGACAAUCAGGGAAGACUGUUGGAUAACUCACGAUGACUUCACCGUUCAGACAUCCCGUGAGGAGACCUGUUCUAAAUGUAUUUACUCAGCUGGUUUCUGUGUCACUCAUUCCAUUCAGACCAGUAGAAACACUUCAGCGGUGUUAGUCACUCGCUUGUAUUAUUCCAGUGUGUCUCAUUGUGGAUAGCUGAGAAGUGAAACCAUUUGUAGUGAUGCCAUGACCAGUGAUGAACUAAUGGACAUUGUUUCCUGUGCACUGCCUGUUUAUUGACACGCAUGAACAACUUCAGUGUAAAAACAUCGCUGAACAUAAAACAUCCCUCAGUAUAUUGUGCGUGAAUACGUGUCAUGAUGUCGUAGGUUAAAUAUCCCCAGAUGUCGAAUUUGAAGUGCAUAAAUAUGAUAAUGGAGGAUGUUUUCUAACUUUUCAAUUUUUCACAUUUUCUUUUCUUGAGAUUGUAUUUUUUGAUGUACAUGUUCAAGGUAACUGUGAAAGGAAAUGUCAAAUAUAUCGCUGUAGAAGCUGUCACAGUUUGCUCUGAUAUUUACAGCCCUUUAGUCUUGAAGAAUUAACCAUCUUUCACUAUUAAUACUUUGUUAAUUCCCUGGGAUUUGGGGUUCUUAAUUCUUGCAGCAAUGCAUUUAGAAAUGGCAUGCUUUGUUUCUGUGUAGCUAUUGAAAGCUUUGCCACAACAAAGCCAUAACUCCUGACAGUAUUUAUCUUUGGACUGGUAAUGCAUCUUGUGAAUGGCGAGGUGGUAAAGGUGCCUGCUUUGUCCUUGGGGGAGGAAAAGGGGAGUCAAAGGAGAGAAAGCUACUACAGAGAGGCCAAAACUUUGAUCCCAUUGAUGUGUUGCAGGAGGCUGCACAGCUGAAACCCAAGCCCAGUAACAUGUCAGACUUUGUGAACUAUUCUAAGCAUCAGUUGCUGACGCCAAGAUGAGGGGUGGGGGUUUCUGGGGGUUACAUAUGCGUCUCCAUAAGAA